CUUUGCUGCACAUGUCUGGCUGUUGGAUUAUAUAUACUUUACACCAUUGGUGGUUUGUACUUAACACUACUAUGCCUAAGCAUAGCAUGCUGUGUCGUCAUCAUCAUGUUUUGGUAUCUGGUCAAGACGGGCAGAAUACCUAUUGAACGCAUCCCCAACAGUAACUACAACAUUCUGCAUGAUUCCAUUCCAGUCCACAUGCUGGUUUCUGGAGAAACUUUCCGGACCCAUAAAACCUUCAUGCAAAAGCUGAAUCUGCAGAUAGAGCUCUGCAGUGCAGAGAGCAGCAGCGUCAUCCUGCUCUUCUGUCCUGUUGUUUCUCGGGUUGGGACAGACAUGGAGGCAGCAAUGGCCAGAGUUACAGAAGAUAAACCUGUCAUCCUGGUGUUCAUGCACCACUGUCACCACCCCAGUCACAUGACCAACAUCACAGUGCAACCAUCCAGGAGCAACAUAGUGCAAGUCGUCCACUGCGCCUUCCAUGAAUCUAGAGGGCUGCUGGAAUGCAAGGAAAAUGAGGAGGCCGUCGACAAGGUGCUUUCAGCACUGCUGAGGAAUUUACAUGCCGAGGUCCCACAAUCCAAGGUCCUUUUGACGACAUCAGAUAUGGAGAAACAACCAAUGGGUGCUCAGGAUGCCAAUAGGCCAAACAUCACCAGUGACAGCGAGCCAGUGGGUGAGGAGAGUGAAUCUGAUCAGUGCAAGGAUCAACCAAAGAAAGACUCCUGUGGUUCUUCUGCAGAUCUAAUAAUCUUGAGUGAAGGUCAAGCUCCGGAGGUCCAAGAGUCCAAUGUUGAUGACACCAAUGUGGAUAUGGAGGAGAAGCCAAUGGCUGCCCAGGAUGGCAAAAGGUCACACAUCACCAACGACAGUGAGCGUCCUGGGAAGGGCACUGAUCCAGCAGAACUUCCUGCUGAGGUCCCACAACCCGAUUAUAUCGCAUCCAAACCGGACAAAUUUGGGAUCAAGUUCUGGAUGGCCACGGAUUUGGAGACCAAAUACGUCUGCAACGUGUCCCCUUACUUGGGAAAGGACCCCAGUCGUCAGAAGGGGGAGAGGCUGGCAGAGAACAUUUGCAUUUCAAAUGCAAAUGUGCCAGGCCUCACAGGUAAUGGGUGGUUUGCACAACAAAAGCAGGAGGAGAAUCGAGCUGAAGACCUGUGA